GGGGUAGUUUAGUACAUAUAAUAACAACAAUUUCUUAACAAUUGUUUAAGCAUUGCUAAUCUUUCAACAAACCCAAAAAAAUGAUUAUAUUUUUGUUUCUUUUUAUUAAAAUUAGUGGACAUUUUUUUUAUAAGAAUCUUCCUCUUCCUCCCCUGAAAUUAGGUAAUAAAGUGGGUUCCUUGAUUGCCACUCCAAAUUGAAGUGAAGAAUUCCUUAAGGCUAUACAUAUAAGCCCCCCUUUUCCACUAUCCUAUAGGAUAAUCUUCAAUAACAAUGCCCUUCUACUUGAAGUCAUCUCUUUAAUCAUAUUUUUCUCUCCUACCUUCCUAUUUCAUUAAAUAACUGUUUCAUUCACAUUUUUUCUUACAGCAGUCCUUCAGAAAAAUGGCCACUUACAUGGUUGAGUCGUCUGACAGUGGCUGCGGCUUCAUAGGCGGCUUAUUUCAACGUCGUAGUCUUUGCUCUAGGAGGUCCUCGGUCCGCUCUUUGCCUUCGAAUACAAGCAGUAAGAAUGUAACUCAGAAGAAAGAUCAGGGUAAGCCUAUUGAGGUUUCUGCUGCUGUUAAAUGCAGACCUGAAAAAGUUGUGACAGAGAAAUCAAUUACUCCAACUGUAAAGUCUAAUGUGGCAAGUCCGAGGGGUUCGAUUUCACAUAAUCAUAAUCAAAGUAGAAGACUCUCUGAUGCUGCUAGAACUUCCACAACAUCUUCUUCUUCCUCUUCAGCUAACAGAAUUCAGGAACGACAGUCGUCAGGUGAUCAAAGCGAGGCUGGAACUCCACGAGCUCCUUCAGGGAACAUACUGCAGUUGGCUCAAAUCAAUAGCCUGAAACAGAAGUGUGUUACUCCUAACAGUAACACAAUUGUCAACAAGACUUUGGAAAUUAAUAAUGUUACUAUGGGAAAUAUACUAAGGAGAAACAGUACUGAUGAACCGCGGUUUCAGAGUUCACUGAGUAAAUUGGAUCCUGAGGAGUUAAAAUCCUUGGGAAAUGAUAAGUAUAAGCAGGGUAAAUACGAGGAAGCUUUGGUGUUAUAUGAUCAGGCUAUAACUAUAGAUUCUAGUGUAGCGGCCUAUCGAAGUAACAAAAGUGCUGUCUUAACAGCCCUUGGUAGGCCCCUAGAGGCAGUUUUCGAGUGCAGGGAAGCUGUCAGAAUCGAUCCUUCUUAUCAACGAGCUCAUCAUCGUCUUGCAGGACUUUACAUAAGACUUGGGUAUGCAGAGGAAGCGGUCCAACAUUUUAGUCUUUCAGGAAGCAUAGCGAGUAUUGCUGAUAUAACUCAAGCCAAAGCUCUUGGAAAAUGCAUCAGUAGGUGUAAUGAAGCCAAGGAGCUUAAGGACUGGGGAACUUUGCUAAGGCAGACCCAUGAUGCAUUAGCUAUCGGUGCCAAUUCUUCGUUACAGAUCUACGCGCUUCAAAGCCAAGCCUUGCUGAAUCUUUUAAGGCACGAUGAAGCCUAUGCAGCUUUUAAGAAGGCACCUUCUUUUGACAUGGAUCUUUAUACUCAAUUAUUUGGUGAAACAAAAACCACUUUCCUAUACUUAAUCAAAGCACAAAUUUACAUGUCAACAGGCAGGGUUGAAGACGCGAUUACAGCAGCUCAAACAGCAGCACAACUCAAUCCAAACGACAAGGAAGCAAGGAAAAUGGUAAUAAGAACACGGUCUGUGGCAGUAGCAAGGUCAAAGGGAAAUAAGCUCUUCAAGGAGUUAAAGUUACAAGAGGCUUGCAGCAUAUACAGUGAAGGGCUAGAGUAUGAUCCUUAUAACUCUGUGCUUCUAUGUAAUAGAGCAGCUUGUCGGUCUAAGUUAGGCCAAUUCGAGAAAGCAAUGGAAGACUGUACUCUGGCACUGAACCUGCAGCCUUCUUACAGCAAGGCUAGGCUAAGACGAGCACAUUGUAAUGCGAAGAUGGAAAGAUGGGAAGCUUCGAUACAAGAUUAUGAAAUUUUGAUCAGGGAAAAGCCAGGGGAUGAGGAAGUAGGCCGAGCAUUGUUUGAGGCUAAGGUUCAACUCAAAAAACAACGCGGUGAAGAUGUCAAAGACAUGAAGUUUGGGUCUGAUGUAGUUUUAGUAUCUAGCAUCGAGUGUUUUAGACACUUGAUCACUUCUCCAGGAAUGUCAGUGGUGCUGUUCUGCAGCAAAUCGAACCAGGAAAAGGCCGUGACACUCUUGGAACAAGUUUGUCCAAAAUUCCCAUCCAUCAAUUUCCUCAAGGUGGAAGUGGAAGAUCACCCAUACUUGGUAAAGUCAGAGGAAGUAACAAACAUUCCUGCCUUCAAAAUCUACAAGAAUGGAACAAGAGUCAGAGACAUACCAGGAAACAACCUUGAACUACUACAGAAUUCAGUUAAAUUGUACAGCAGCUGAAAAUCAGACAAAUUACAAGACAAGAAAACAAACAGCAACAACACAAAAUAAUCAAAAAUGGGGCGGCUGAUUAUUGAAUUGGUGGCUAAGAUUAUUAGCCCCCACCUGAACAGAACUUCUGCCGCUUCAAUCAAUUCAAAGAAGAUACUCAAUCAUAUUAUUACCGACAUUCUUUAAGAAUUAUAAAAGAUGGAAGCAAGCACAGCAUUGCAGCAAAGGAAGAACCCUACAUGUUUGAUUUUGGCAAAAGAUUUUGGCGAAAUCUUGUAUGAGUAUGAGGCGAGCUUGCAAUAAUUUAUUGUAAGACCGAAGUGAUUAUAUGUUUAAAGAGUGAUUUCCUAUCUUUUUAGGGAGUUUUUUUAUUUUAAAAUUAAAUGUCUUAUUUUUACUACAUCCUUCCUUGCCCAUGACUUGUUGCUAAAUGUAAAAUAUAUUACUAUCGUUUCUAAAUGAUAGAUUUAACUACU